CGAUGAAGAAGGCAUAAAGGAAGGCACAGAGGAAUUGACCGAGGAUGCUAAGAAAUUUUAUAAGUUAGUGGAAGAAGGCCAACAAGAGUUAUUCCCAGGAUGCAAAACUUUUUCCAAACUCUCUUUCAUAAUUCGAUUAUAUCUGCAUAAGUGCAUACAUGGACUAAGCAAUGAGGCAUUUGAUGAUUCUCUGACCUUGUGGAGGGAAGCAAUUCCAGACAUAAAGUUGCCAAAGUCUUUUUAUGAAGCCAAAAGGAUUGUCAAGGACUUGGGUCUCGAUUAUGAAAAAAUACAUGCGUGUUCUAACGAUUGCAUGUUAUUCUAUGGAAAUGUAAAUGGGAAACUGAAUGAGUGUAGUAGUUGUGGUGCUUCUCGGUGGAAGCCAAAGAAGGAUGAUGUAGCAAAUGACUCCAAUCAACUAACUAAAAAGGUGCAUAAUGUUCCAGUAAAGGUUUUGAGGUACUUUCCUUUAAAACCUAGACUUCAAAGGCUAUUUAUGUGUUCUCAAACUGCUAAAUCUAUGAGUUGGCAUUCUAAGGAGCGAUCGAGGAUGAUAUUCUAAGGCAUCCGGCUGAUGGCAAAGCUUGAAAAGACUUUGAUGAAAAGCAUCCAGAGUUCGCAUUAGAUGCUCGUAAUGUGAGAUUAGGGCUUGCUAGUGAUGGAUUUAACCCCUUUCGAACAAUGAGUAUUGCGCAUAGUACAUGGCCAGUUAUCUUAAUCAAUUAUAAUUUACCGCCAUGGAUGUGCUUGAAGGCGGAAUAUUUCAUGCUAUCUCUACUUAUUCCUGGUCCUCAAUCCCCUGGCAACAACAUUGACAUAUACUUGCAGCCACUGAUUGAUGAAUUGAAAGAGUUGUGGGAAGUUGGAUUGCUUACAUAUGAUGCUUCUAUCAAACAAUCAUUUAAAUUGCGUGUAGCUUUGCUUUGGACAGUUAGUGACUUUCCAGGAUACGCAAUGUUGUUCGGAUGGAGUACUAAAGGUAGGUUGGCUUGUCCUUAUUGCAAUUAUAAUACAUGCUCUGAGUAUUUAAAAUAUAGCAAGAAGAUGUGUUAUAUGGGUCAUCGCAGAUUUUUAAAAGAUGACCACCCAUGGCGAUUUAAUAAAAGAUCGUUUAAUGGUGACAUUGAGCUUGGAAGAGAACCGAUAUCAUUGUCUGGGACUGAAAUUAUAGAUGAAUUAUCUGAUUUUGUCAAUGAAUUUGGAAAAAAGCAAAAGAAAAGAGCAAAUAGAAAUUGUCCGUGGAAGAAAAGGUCGGUAUUUUUUGAUUUACCUUAUUGGGAGCAUAAUAGAUGUCGUCACAUGCUAGAUUUAAUGCAUAUUGAGAAGAAUGUUUGUGAUAAUAUUGUUGGCACAUUGUUAGAUAUUCCAGGAAAGACGAAGGAUCAUGUUAAAGCUCGCUUUGACUUACAAAAAAUGGGCAUAAGACGAGAUCUUCAUCCUGUGCAGUCGGCUGAUGGUCGUCGUGUUACAUUUGCGAAAGCUUGCUUUUCUAUGACAUCACAGGAAAAAGAAAUGUUUUGCAAAGUGUUGGCAGAUGCAAAAGUGCCUCAUGGUUGUGCAUCAAAUAUCUCAAGAUGUGUAAAUGUGAGGGAGAAGAAAAUAUCUGGGUAUAAGACUCAUGAUGCUCAUUUUCUCAUGCAAUAUUUACUUCAAGUUGCAUUAAGAAGAAGUUUGCCUAGGAGUGUUGCUAUUCCUCUCAUCAGAUUAGGUGCUUUCUUCAAGGGUUUAUGCAGCAAAGUUCUCAAGCCAGUUGAACUUAAAUCCUUGCAGUCUGAGAUCGUAGAGAUACUUUGUCAACUUGAGAAAAUAUUUCCACCAAGUUUCUUUGACAUCAUGGUUCAUCUUCCUGUUCAUUUAGUUCAACAAAUUUUGGAUUGUGGGCCAGUCAACUACUUCUGGAUGUACCCAACAGAGAGAUAUCUUUGUAGAUUAAAGUCAUAUGUGCGUAAUAGAAGUGCUCCUGAAGGUUCCAUAGCAGAAGGAUAUUUAGCUGAAGAAAGAGACAUCGCCAAUUUUUCCUAA